CGUUUGUUGCGGGGCUUAUCAUUUUCGUCGCAUCCGUCCACAAUCCAAUUUACAGUACGAUACGCUCACCUAGUACAGGCUUUUAUUUGAAGAAAACAUGGACACCAAAUUGGGUAUAAAUGAACACCAUUCAGCACAGAUAUUAAAUUUUCUGAGAUUUUCUAGAUAUCAAAGAGGUCAGAGAUUAAGAGCAGUAGAAAUGUGUUUCGAAGAAUUGAAGACUAGCAGACUGGAUGAGACAACUUAUACAAUAGAUGAGGUGACAGAUAUGUUAGAUGGCUUGUUGGCUGUGGUGAGAGGAGAGGUGGAGUCAGAACUUAUCAACACUUCUCAUACAAACAUUUUGUGUAUGAGACAAAUGUUCCAGCAAGCUGAGAAAUGGCAUCUUAAACUUGCAGCAGAUAUUUCAGAAUUAGAAAAUAAAGACCUUUUAGAGAAUAUUGCAGAAUUUGAAGAAGAAAAUUUUAGAGGAACAAAAAGAGAUACAGAUUUAAAUAGUGUAUUGAAGAAUGUUAAACUAGUACCAUUAAAUGAAACAGGAGGAACAUCAUUAUUACACAUGAAAAUUGAAGAGUUAGAACAAGAAAAUUACAAACUAAUGAAUGAAAACAUGAAAGCUAAAGAAAAGUUGGUGUCGCUAGGAGGACAGUCUGCAAUACAAGAACUAGCUUCAGCUGUAAAAUCAAGUGGAAAGGUUUCAGAGAGUGAACUUGAAGAAACAAGAGAGAAAAUGGCAAAACUAGAGUUAGAGCUAGAAAAGAGUAAGAAAACUAGUCCUUCAGCAGGUGAUAUGGACAAUGACUUAGUAUCUACUAAACAUGAAUUACUACGUAUUAGAGAAAUGCUAGAAAUGGCUGAAAAGGAAUUGGAAAAGAAAGUCAGUCAAACAAAUCCAUUUAAAAAUUUAAAGAAGAUGUUGGUAUCAAAAAAUGAUCAACUUAAACAACUACGGAGAAAAUUAUCAAAGUAUGAAAGUGUAGCAGAUGAAGAUUGAAGCAUUAAACAGCAAUAACUUUCUUUUAUUAUUGUGUUCAUAAAUGUAUAUCCCUUUAGCAAUUAUGCUUCAUGAACAAUAUGUGAAAUUCUGUUGUCCUUUUAGUUUUCUUACUUUUAGGAGGAUAUAUUUGACUUAAAUACAUAUAUAGUUUGUUUUAAGUUAUUUUUUCAAACUUCUGUUAACAUCUCUGAACACCUUUAAUUUCAAGUAUAAGUGCACUAAUUUGCAACUAAAUAUUGAAUUUUUCAACAAAAGAACUGUUUAUAAAUUUUUAACUUGCCUUUCAUUGUUCAAAUAGAUAACAGCAAGGAAUUGUAUACCUUGAUUGCAGGAAAACUUGUUUAUAAAAGUGCAAAGGAACUUAUUAUAUAGAUAUGAUUUAUAAAUGAUUUAGUAUAUUUGUUAAUAUAUAUAGAUUAGGAAAUUCUUGAUAAUAAAACUGAUCGUUGGUUCAUGUCUGUCAUAUUUGUUUUUCGUAAAUUGUUUUGUUAUAGAUUGUUUCACAUUUUUCAUGUCGGGGACAUUUAUAGCCGACAAUACGGUAUUGGUUUUUCUCAUUGUUGAAGGCCCUAUGGUGGCCUAUAUUUGCUUACUACCACUUCAUUUUAACUUUGGUGGAUAGUCUCAUUGGCAAUCAUACCACAUCUCCUCAUUUUUAUAUUUCCCAAAAAAAUUGUAAAUUUAUAUUGGUGUUUAGAUAGUUCAAACAUUAAAGCAGUGGUAUAUAUAAGUUUUAUAGGAUUAGUAGGACGACUUAUAUGAAAAUCACAGGCAUGGUUAAAGUUUCUAUUCAGAAUAUGUCAUGUUUUUUUAUAAAUUUUUAGUAAUUUCUAUUUCUAUAUACACAUUGUGAGGUUUUAAUUAAUAUAUGGAUAUCAUUAACUUCUGUACUCAUAUAUUUAAAUUAAUUUUCUGUAGUAUGAUUUGAAGUUAUGUGUUGAUAUUAUAGAAAUUAAUAGCCUUUAUCAGUGUUACAAACUGUAUAAUGUGUAAUAAAGAAUUUUUUUUGUA